GUGGGAAUUUAAAGUGUUAAAAGAUGAAAGCCCUUGAAGGGAAGGAGCAUCUGUCAUUUACUCUCCGCCCUAUUAUUAUUUCCUUUUCUUCUUCUUUCCUUUUUCACGAGAAUAGGAAACAAAAAAGAAAAGGAGAAAAACGAAAGCAUAUUCGAGGAAAUUUCACCACUCUCACCAUUCUCCACCACCUCCACCUGUGGACCGUCGUGGCGCUGCUCCACUCACCGGACGAAGACCAGCAAACCCCGCCCUCUGCCGUCCUUUCUAGAUCUCAAGGUCGAAGUUUCCACGUCGUCGUCGUCCAGCUCGCGUCUCACUUGCCGUUCGCGUCCAACUUUUCGCACCCGUCACGAGCCGCUUCUCCAACACCCGCCCCUUCAGCCUCCGUGCGCGGUAACUCGCCGGAUACCAACUCAGCCGCUAUUCAUAUCCAUUCUCCAUUCAUAGUUAAUGGUUUAUUAUCAAGUAUUUUCGUUAUCUCCUUGAUCUGUUAUUAAACUUGGAUGGUUUGAAUGAAAAUGUUACCGAUUGUAGACUCUCAUUCUUUUUGUAUGUAUAUACUAAGUUUUUCAUUCCUUCAAGGGGUAGUUAGAAGUAGUGAGAAUCAUGCCAUUAUAUGUGUUUUGAGAGAUUCUUAUUGGACUGUAAUUAUUUUGUAAGUAAUAUCUAAUUUGGAUAUGAACUUUCCUUGAAACUCUAGAGUAGUCCGGAUGAGUGUGCGAUGAGACACACUUGAUGUGUUUGUUGAGUCUGAAGAUUUUAUAUAAUAUAUAUAUAGAUGUGAAAAUCCCUCCCUUUUCAGGUUUGGCUAACCCAAACUUUGAGGGAGAUGCUGCCGGAUUUCUGUAGAAUUUUAUAAUGCUUUUUCUAUAGAAGUUUAAAUUGAAAAAAAUUUGUUUUCGAAAAGCGUUUUCAUGCCAUGAUCUAGGUUAGGAGGGAAAACCUAGAAUGGGGUAUGACAAGUUUACUCAAACUAUUUUAGCUUUGUCUGUGUACUAAUUUUUUUCUUUUUUCUUUUUUUAAUUUUGGGAAGAUCAGUGGGAGUAGAUGAAAUUGCUUCUUGUUGUGACAGUUUAAUCAUUUGACUUUGAAGUUUUUUCUGGAGUAAUAUUGCGGAAGAUUUCAAUGGAAGAGGCGAAUGAAAUUUUGAAGAAUAACAGAAUUGAAGAUAUCAGUUGGCUUUGUUCACUAUCUGAAUCUGAAGUUGACCUGCUGAUUAGCAUUAAAAUGCUAGUUCUCCAACGUGCAAAAGCAAUUGGUCAUGAAAAUUUAGCUGAGAAAUUUGAUUUGAAGACGCUACGUACUAUUGGGUUUGUUUUGAUGGAACAUCUUAAAGGAGAACUUAGGACAUCAGAUGUUACGGAUCUGUCUCAAUCUGCCUUAAAUGCGUGCAACUUGUUAGAUAGCAAUCUUGAGAAAAGUUUGCCAAUUGAUGAGAUAAUGACAAGUAUCUGCUUAGACAGAAGGAAGAAACCGGGAAAAAGGCCGCGGGAAAAGGUUGAUUUCGAGAUACAAGAAGAAUGACAUGUCGUGAACUAGAAAAUACUAGAAGUUCAUCGGAAAAUACUAGGAGUUCAUCUGAUAUAGGGAAAAUUUUGUAGUUCCACCCCUAUUCAUAUAUUGUUACAAAACGAAAGCAUUUAAUUACAAGUUUAGUCUUUAUUCUUCUAUUUCAUAAAAUAUAGUCUAAUCUUUAUCGUGAUUAAUUGUGCAUCAUAUGACUUCUCUUUGUAAUAUAAAUCAAUUUAGAUUAGAAUUAAAUUAGAUGUUAAUUAUGCCUU